AUCGCCGCGUUUGGCAGGUGCUUGCAGCUGUUCCGGCUUGGGGGCGAAUCGGUUAGCUGCACGCCGAGCGGGCAAUGGCGCGACUAAGCCGCCAAGGGAAGGCUUCGACAGGCCUUGUGCCGGACGACUACGCUUAUCUGGUUAGAAGCAGAGCUAUCAAGACGUUACAUCGGUCAUGGCGAGAGUGCUUGUGCGUGCUUGGUUCCACAGCCCUUGAGCGACAGAGGCGAACGUCGGAGCCAUUGGAUACGUGACUGGCAGGUGGAUUCCGCGCGUGCUCAACGAGGGGGUGGGUUAAAUAAUGGAGGUGUCUUCGUUCUUCUAUUAAGACUCCAGGUGUUACCGGACCUUCUCUUCUACCUCAGGUUACACUCACUCUGGGCUGACUUUCCAUUGACUCUGUCUUUGGUUGCAAUUGAGCUUUGAAGCCAUGGCUACCGCCCAUGAGACUACUGCCGCUGAGGCACUCCAGCACGGUCAAGAGGUCGCUGACCACCACCCCCAUCUCUACGGCGCUACCAUCAACGACUCCAACGUCGCCGGCGCCCAUGUUUCCCUCGAGAAGCCCGGUGCGCUGACUACCGGCUCCGGAUCUGAUGGUGCUUCCUUUAUCCAAGAGGACGACGGCAUUGGCGGUAUCAGGCCUACCGCUGAGGAAUUGAAGACCCUCCGCAAGGUCGGAGAGCCUCUUCCCAAGAGUGCUUUCUUGGUCGCCAUCGUCGAGCUCUGUGAGCGUUUCACCUACUAUGGUGCUUCCGGUAUCUUCCAAAACUACAUCUCGCGUCCUCGCGACGGUUCAGAAGGUCGUGGUGCGCUCGGUAUGGGCCACCAGGGAGCCACUGGUCUCUCCACCUUCUUCCAGUUCUGGUGCUAUGUCACUCCCAUUCUCGGUGCCAUCAUUGCCGAUCAAUACCUUGGAAAGUACAACACCAUUGUCAUCUUCUGCUGUGUCUACAUCGUCGGUCUUAUCAUCCUUACCUGCACAUCUAUCCCGGCUGCUCUCGACCACGGCGCUGGACUCGGUGGUUUCAUCGUUGCCAUCAUUGUCAUUGGUCUUGGAACUGGUGGUAUCAAGUCCAACGUCGCUCCCUUGAUUGCCGACCAAUACAAGAGAAGGCAGAUGGUCAUUGGCCAUGACGACAAGACUGGCGAGAAAGUUAUUAUUGAUCCUGCGAUUACUAUCCAGAGGAUUUACAUGAUCUUCUACUGGUGCAUCAACGCCGGAUCUCUGUCUCUACUCGCCACCCCCUACAUGGAGCGUGACGUUGAUUUCUGGUCCGCUUACCUGCUUUGCCUCUGCGUCUUCUUCGUUGGACUGCUCGUCCUCGUCCUCGGUCGCAAGGUCUACGUUGUCCGACCUCCUCAGGGAUCCAUCAUUACUGAUGCUUUCCGCGUUAUCUGGCUGAUGAUCAAGAACCGCAAGAUGGACGCUGCUAAGCCUUCCUACCAGGCCGGCAUGGGCAAGACCAAGGUUCUCAACUGGGACGACCACUUUGUCGAUGAAGUUAAGCGUGCUCUCAUCGCUUGCCAGGUCUUCGCUUUCUACCCCAUCUACUGGGUUGUUUACGGCAACUUCUCCAACAACUUCGUCACUCAGGCCGGUCAAAUGCGUGGCCACGGUAUUCCCAACGACCUGAUGCAGAACUUCGAUCCCAUCGCCAUUAUCGUUUUCUUGCCCAUUGUUGACCAGUGGCUCAUGCCCACGCUCCGCAAGCACAAGAUUCCGUUCCCUCCGAUCAACCGUAUCGUAGCCGGAUUCUGGAUCGCUUCUUUCGCCAUGGUUUACGCUUGCGUCAUCCAAUACUACAUCUACCAAUCCGGGCCUUGCUACGCGCAUCCCGGUGCGUGUGACGCUGAUCUCGUCGAUGGCGUUCACCAGGGAAACAACAUUCACAUUGCCGCUCAAACUGGUGCUUACAUGCUCAUCGGUCUCUCUGAGAUCUUCGCAUCUGUCACUGGUCUCGAGUACGCAUACACCAAAGCCCCGCCCAGCAUGAAGUCGUUCGUUCAGUCCAUGUACCUCCUUACCAACGCUUUCGGAUCUGCUAUUUCUGAGGCACUCAACCCGCUCGUUGUCGACCCCAAGAUCCAGUGGAUGUUUGCUGGUCUUGCUGUUUCGUCGUUCAUUGCUGGUUGCAUCAUCUGGAUUCUGUUCCACCACCUCAACGACACUGAGGACGAGAUGAACCAGCUUGACCAGGACUACGAUAAGGACCCAACCAUGAGGAGGAGCAGUGUGCACGGAGACCGCACUGUUGGUGUUCACCACUCUAUUGACGAGAAGGCAUAGAUGGUGCUUUAUGGGAAGCGCAUGAGUGUGAUGAUGUUAGUAUGAUGUUAAUGUGCUAUAUUCUGCAUAGCAGCUAUGAUACCAAGAUGAGAAUUCAAUCGUUCAAAACAUUUA